AUGCGGUGCUACGGCCUAAGAGGUCUUCUCUUGCUCGCUAGUGGGGCAUGCGGCUUGUUGGUGUACAGAAAGCUGCGACAUGCAGCAAGACACUUGACGAGCUUGUCUCGAUGGCUCCUUCCUUCCAUGUUUGCUCGACAUAUCCGCGCAUUGGCGGCUGACAACGGGGAGCCUUGCGUGCUUGACGUGUCGCCAUCCAAUGUUGGGUUGUUUCGAAGAGGAGGAGCUGCGAUGAUCGGUAAGGAUCUGAGAGCUUCUGGUCUUCCAGCACAUGUCUGUGACUUCGUGGAAUGUUUGCUUGUUGCGAGAGGAGCUGACCAAGCAUUUAGAACCAAGACUGAGUUGAUCAACUACAAGAAGGUAGAGACCAUGCGGGUGUUGCCCUCCUUUGUUGAAUAUUUCCUUCAGGUCAUACAGCACAUGCAGAAGAACAUGGAGAAACUUGAGGCCGAGCUCAGCGUUCUGGCCGCUAUUGCAUACGCAGCUGAGGAAGACCCAGACGUCCAUCCUCGUCCACGACGUUUUCAAAAGAUUGCUCAGAAGCUCGACGAGUGCCGUGGAAGUCUGCAUGUGCUGCGAGAUGUUCGCACUUGGACGGCAGCCAUCUGUAAGGUCUCAAGAUUUCCAAGUGACGAGCGCAUGUUUGUGGCUGGAGACGCAUUCAUUUCGCGUUUGCCUGCAGCAAUGAGCGAGCAAGGGGGGCUGAACUUUCGCCUGCGCUCUCUAUCGAGGUUUGUGCAGGACAGCAAGGAGGAGUCACUGCAAGUGAUCCAAAGGCUCGGCUGGCCUCCAUCUGCCACCUUCACACAAGAAGGGAAGCACCUAUGUAGAGUCUGCAAGAAAGGGUUCGGCAGAAAGUGGAUCAAGCGAAGCAUCUGCUGGAAGUGCGAGAGUGACAGCAGAGAUCAGGGUCGAUGCCCAUACGAGGACGGAAACUUGUGCUAUGUAUGUCCUCACCUUCGAGCUUGCCUUCUGUGCGAGCGUCUUCCAUGUAUGCAUUGCAGGAUGGUGCACUCGGAGGACAUGGCAGAAGAUGUUUCAUCCUUCGUGCAGGAGUUGAAUCCAGACGUACUGAUCGUAGACUUCGAUCAAACUCUAUGUGAGACAAGAAGCGGCUGUGCCCCAGUAGUUGAUAAGCAUGCCAUGAACAGCGACAUUAGCAAUGCCAUCAAGUGCCGACCAACCAAACGAAAUGUCAUCCUCACAAGGCAAAACUUCAAGAAUGAGCCGACCAUCAAAAGGUACCUCGACCAAAUGGGAAUGAAGAAUGUAGAGAUUCGCUGUAUAGGAGGCAAACGUAACGCAAAAGGAGAGAAGAUGAGCAAGUCGGAUAUGAUGCUCGAUCUUGUACCAUGCGGAUCAGUUCUUUUCAUUGAUGAUGACCUACGAGAGCUGAUGGCAAGGGAGAUAGCUCAAUGUGAUAGAAUUACGCGUUUACUCUUCUUCUCUUCGAGAUGGGAUGUGAAACAUCAUCAUAAUCUUCAAGCCUGA